GUCACUGCGCUCAUUGGGUGCCAUCAGUUCUUUACCAGCUGUUCACGAUUAAAGUGACAUUCACGGGGGAAAAAAUAACACCGACAUGAGCAGGAUUUUAUUGGAUGAAUACCUUAGGAAUUAAGUUUAUAGAAAGCGGGUUUGCUUUGUUUAUUUGUUGUUGUUGUCUUUUUUUAAGUGCGCUGUAUAAAUGAGACAUGGCCCGUAUUGACAGCCUGCGUCGCGUUUGUUAACGAUGAUUCAAUAGUUUUGUUGCGGCUUGGGAGUUUUGUCUUAGCGGCUCAAAACUCAUUUUAGAGGAAUAUCUCUUGGGAAGAAAGACAGGUAGAAACGUGUGUGUGUGUGUGUUGAAAGACUGAGAAAAAACAGCAAGCAGCCAUGAUCACGUCAACUCCUGAGACUUCAGCCGGCCGACCCUCGCGCUCCGGGAGACGCAGCGCCGCCACUCCCGCGGCCCCGGUAGGCUCUCCGUCCUCGGUAAGCCCGACACGUCUGAGCCGCUUGCAGGAGAAAGAGGACCUGCGACAUCUCAAUGACCGCCUCGCCAAUUACAUCGAGCGUGUGCGACAGCUUGAGAAUGAGAAAUCCUCCAUGCGGCUCCUUCUGGAGGAGAAAGAGGAGACCACGAGCCGGGAGCUGAAGAAUGUGCGCCUGUUGUAUGAAACGGAGCUGGCCGACGCUAGAAAAACUCUAGAUAAUACAGCGAAUGAGAGAGCCAGGCUUCAGAUAGAGUACAGCCAACUGUGUGAAGACCACCGCAAGCUAGUGGCCAGGAAUAACAAGAAAGAGGCUGAGCUGAGCAACGCAUUGGAGCGCUGGAGGAAUCUUGAAGCGGCACUGAACUCCAAAGAGGCAGACUAUGCUAAUUUACUAGCAGCUAACCGCAGACUGGAAAACGAUGUUGCAGACCUCACGACACAAGUGGAAAAUCUGGGUGCAGCCCUGCAGAAUGCCAAAGCUCAGGUUAAUUCAGAGAUGCUUCGUCGAGUCGACGCCGAGAACCAAAUGCAGACCCUCCACGAGCAAAUGGAGUUUCAGAAGCAGCUUAAUGAACAGGAAGUGCGGGAGAUGCGGACACGGUACGAGAGCCGUCUGGUGGAGGUGGACUCAGGAAGGCAGAAGGAGUUUGAGAGCAAGUUAGCAGAGGCCAUGCAGCAACUACGACAAGAGCAUGAGUCCCAGAUCCAGCAGUAUAAAGACGACCUGGAGCACACCUUUAACGCUAAGCUGGAAAAUGCCAAGCAGGUGGCCUUGAAGAACAGUGAUUAUGCCACCUCUACCAGAGAAGAGCUAGAAGGAACCAGAAUAAAAGUGGAGUCCCAGUCCAAGCAGAUAAACAGUCUGCAGAAACAGAACCGUGAGCUGGAGGCACGCGUGCAGGACCUGGAGCGAGCUCUAGACCGCGAGAGGCAGCUCAGCCAACAGCGUCUCUCCCAGAAGGAGCAGGAGAUGGCCGACAUGAGGCAGCAGAUGCAGGCGCAGCUCGAGGAGUACCAGAGUCUGCUGGACAUCAAACUCAUGCUGGACAUGGAGAUCAACGCCUACCGCAAGAUGCUGGAGGGAGAGGAGCAACGACUCAAUCUUUCCCCGAGUCCCUCUCAGCACGCUCCCAUCUCUCGCACACACGUCCAUGCCACACGCAAGGCCUGGGGAAAGAAACGGAAACAUGAGGGCGGGACAGGUCUCUCUCCGAGCUACAAAUUGUCCCAGCACUCGUCUGCCCGUGGCUGUGUCUCCAUCGAUGAGAUAGACCUGGAAGGAAACUUCAUAAGGCUCAGGAACAACUCUGACCAGGAUCAGCCACUAGGAGGCUGGAUAGUGAGAAAGAGUCAACCUGGAGGACCUGAUAUCACCUUUAAGAUCCCUUCAUCCUACAUUCUGGCUGCUGGACAAACACUGACGAUCUGGUCUGCAGGAGCUCGAGUAGAGCAGAAACCCCCUUCUGAUCUGGUGCUGAGGAGCUCAAAGUCCUGGGGAGCUGUAAGCGAUGUCCGAGUGUGUCUUCUCAAUCAGUACAAUGAAGAGACAGCAGAGCGCUGUGUGGUCCAUCUGCAGGGUCGAACAGACGGAGAUUCGGAAGAAGAUCUGGACGAAGAGAGCGGAGUUGGAUCCGAGAUCCACCUCCGCCGCCAGGCCAAAAGAAAGAAAAAGAAAUGUUGUGCUCUUUCCUGACCUGUCCAGCAAAGUAGGGUUAUGUGCCAAGUCAGGAGGCCAGCUGUGCAGUAAUGUAACUGCCGUCUACACCUGAUGUCUGCGCUGGAGUGCGAUGUAGACAUACCACUCCAAAUCUUUCACACGAAGUGUUUCAUAUAUCUGUGUAACCACCACGCCCUGAAAUAGUUUCUCGUAGCCAAAAUUUCUAUCUCUUAUUCCAGGGCAAACGACUACGACCUGAGAAGGACCAUAAAGCCCUCGGCUCAUUCACAUGAUGGCAUUUAACGAGGUGUGUAGGGCUAAAUCAAGACCAGCAAUAUUAGUCUGCAAACUUUUUUUUGCCUGGUCUUUCCAAGGUCUGUUCCUCCCUAUUUAUUGUGCCUUGGCAUGCCAUGUUAUCUUUUCUUUAGCCCUUGCUAUACUUGCACAUUACACAUGCUCAUGUUAAGCUAAUGGGAUGGUUUGUACUCCAUAGUCAGAUGUAGGGAAAAGUUCCUGAGGACUAACAUGGUUGAACAUGUAGCAUUUACUGGAUUUUUGUUUCGAGAAAUAAGUUUCCUGUGAUUUUCUUUAGUUAUAUAUGUAAAUGACCGUGACUCUUUAUCUUUUGUCACGUGAUUAUUGGUUAAUUAUUUAAUUUGCUCUCAUUAUUUAAUCAGUGCGCUGACCGGAAGCCUUGAUCAGAGUCAGAAUGAGCUGUUUGCAUAUCUGUUUUCCUGACAUUUAAAGCAAAACUUGCCAGAACACCUAAGCAUCUAGAGACCUCAAGCAGAAAUGAUUGUCAUUGUUGCCUAUUUGUUUAUAACCCUAAAGUAUACAAUUUUAUACAUAUAAGUUUAAUAAAGAAUGUGCUAUAAUGGAUCUGUG